CUGCGGGUUUUAUCCUCCUCUGCGCUCCUUCCUCUUCCUCCGCUCCGCAGCAGCGAUGCCUCCGCCUCGCCAGGCCGGCACCUGCGCUCUGUCUGCGGGCUGGCACUAGAUCGGCGGCUCGGUGCAGUCUCUGGCCGGUCGCGACGCUCUGUCUGCGGGCUGGCACUAGAUCGGCGGCUCGGUGCAGUCUCUCCAUCAUGGUGCAGAAGUCCCGGAACGGCGGGGUGUUCCCCGGACCGCAGGCCGACCAGAAGAAGUUGAAGGUCGGCUUCGUGGGUCUGGAGGCCGGGGGGAGCGAGUCCACCAGGGACGGAGCCCUGCUCAUAGCAGGGGGGGAGGAGGGACCCCGGCGGCAGCGCAGCAGCGUGUCGGGGGGGAAGAAACCUCCGAAGAGGAACGCCGUCUACAGACGUCUGCAGAACUUCCUGUACAACGUCCUGGAGAGACCGCGGGGCUGGGCCUUCAUCUACCACGCCUACGUCUUCCUGUUGGUGUUCUCCUGUCUGGUUCUGUCCGUGUUCUCCACCAUCAGAGAGUACGAGAAGAGCUCGGAGGACGCGCUCUACAUCCUGGUCAGCAGGCUGAUUCCUCCUCUCAACCAACUGGAUUUACUGAGGAACCUCAAGAACAAAUCAGGACUGUCCUUCAGGAAGGAUGUCCAGCCUGAACAGUCCCCCAGUCAGAAGGUCAGUCUGAAGGAGCGAGUCUUCUCGUCCCCCCGGAGCUCCGGGACCAAAGGGAAGUGCUCCCCCCAGCACGGAACCCCCACAGUUGGAUCCAGUGGUACUCCUGGUGCUGUUCCUGGAGGUCCUGGAACCCUGGGAGGCGUUCAGGCUCUGCGACGGUCCCCCAGCUUGGAGCCCAGUCUGGAGGACAGUCCCAGCAAGGUGCCAAAGAGCUGGAGCUUUGGAGAACGUAGCAGAACCCGACAGGCCUUCAGGAUCAGAGGAGCUGCCUCCCGCCAGAACUCUGAAGACGCCAGUCUGCCAGGAGAAGACAUGGCCGACGACAACAAGAGCUGCCACUGCGAGUUUGUCCCCCAGGACCUCACGCCGGGGUUAAAGGUCACCAUCAGAGCCAUCUGUAUAAUGCGAUUCAUGGUGUCUAAGAGGAAGUUUAAGGAGAGUCUUCGUCCCUACGAUGUCAUGGAUGUGAUUGAACAGUAUUCAGCCGGACACCUGGACAUGCUCGCCCGCAUCAAGAACCUACAGUCCAGGGUGGACCAGAUAGUUGGCAGAGGGACACCAAUCACAGACAAGGACCGUCCCAAAACAGCCAGUGAGGAGCUUCCUGAAGACCCAAGCAUGAUGGGACGGUUGGGGAAGGUGGAGAAGCAGAUCCUCUCCAUGGAGAGGAAGCUGGACUUCCUGGUAAACAUCUACAUCCAGCGAAUGGGAAUCCCUCAGGCUGAGACCGACGCCUACUUUGGACCCAAGGAGCCGGAGCCGGCCCCGCCCUACCAGAGUCCCGUGGAUCAGCUGCAGAAGAGCCAGUCCAUCUCCAAGAUCCCCCAGGUGUUGCCUGGCGACAACGUUGAGAAGAGUCGGUUCGGGACAAAGAUGGUCCGGUCCAGCAGCUCCACCGGACACAGGAACUACAGCGCCCCCACCUGCCCGCCCUCAACCUCCUGGCAACCAAUCAGCUCCCAGCUGCACCAGCAAGCCCCACCCCAGCGUAGCCAUGGCAACACACCGAGUCCAGUGGGGGAUGGGUCACUGGUUCGACUCCCGCCUCCUCCGGCCGGAGAGAGGAACGGUGGGAACCGAUCGAACCGGCACAGCGCUGGAGAGAGAGGGGGGGCGGAGCCAUCAGAGAGGGGGGGAGGAGGGGGGGGGGAGGUGAAGCUGGACAGUGACGCCUCCGUCUCCAUCCCGUCCGUGGACCAUGACGACCUGGUGCGGUCCUUCAGCGGCUUCUCCCUGUCCCAGUCCCGAGAGAACCUGGACUACCUCAACAACGGCUUCUACUCCGCCAGCCGGGGGGGUGGUGCCGCCCGGUGCGCCACCGUCCGGCCGUACAUCGCAGAAGGCGAGUCGGACUCCGACUCUGAGCUCUGCGCCCCCUUGCCGCACUCGGACCAGGCCUGGACCGGAACCAAGUAGAGCUGAACCAGCACAGAUAUUCAAACAACAAUCAAAAUCCAGAUUUAAACUAAGAAACAGACUUUAAACACCAGCUGGAGUUACAGAGUAAAGCAUCAUGGGAACUGUAGUCUGUCCCCUCAAACCGUCC